CCAGACUCUGUACUCGGCAAAGCCAGAGAGUUGUAAAAACACAUGUUUCCUGCUUGAAGCCAUACGCGUGCGGCAACAUGCCUUCGGUUUCUUCGAGACCCCAGACACAGCCGAACUCGGCUUAAAGCCGGUCUUCUCGACGCGUCCUCCUCCGAGACCAUGGACGCGGAAGAGUCGCCGAUGGCAGAGAUGUUUACUCUCUUCCCACACGAGUCCGCCGCGGUGAUGCAACGUGGCAUUGAACUGGGCAUUGUUUGUAGCUGCUUCCUGGUGCUUCACUGCUGGAUUCUGGUUUGGAGAUUUUGGGGAUCCCAGGACCACACAGACUUUCUGCUUCGCCUCUUGUGCUUGGCUCGAAUUGCCUGUGCCGUCCCAAGGCCCUACUUCUGGAUUCGGACCCGACGUCUCUUCGUUCAGGCCAGAUAUCAACCAACUCCGCAGCUGGUGACCCGGAGCCUGCUGGACGUGUACGGCAAUCCCUUCGGCAUCGAGAAGGCCCUUUUGCUCUUCUACUAUGGAUGGUUGGCUGCAGUAUCGCUUGUCGCUUUCAUCUUCCGAUUGUACCCGGAGGAAUCAGACUUCACGCACGCCAUUUGGAGACAUUGUCUCUUCAACUUCAUCAGCAUCGUGGUCCACAGAAUACUUUGUGUCCUGCUCUUCUACUACUUGAUGAAGUCGGAUUUCAAGCGUGGCAUUCCUCAAGAUAUGCUUGAGAAGUACAGCAAGCGCACAGUGUUUCGAAGCGGCUUGCAAUUGGGAGGUGAUUCGGACUGCAGCAUUUGCUUUGGUCCAUACGAGGAGGGAGAGGAGAUUCGAAAGCUUAGCUGUCAGCAUCACUUUCACCAGGAGUGCGUUGACGAGUGGCUGCUGGGCCAUCAGAACCGCUGCCCCUUGUGCCUCUCCGUGGUUGGACCCUACAAUGGGCAGGCCACCAGAAGUUCAGCGGCGCUGAGAGGAGGCCUUUGAGGGCAGGAAAUGCCCGAAGGUCGCUGACCAGUGGCCGCACGUUUCACCGUUUCCUCUGGGCGUCCCUCGCCCUUUCGCUUGUCGCCCAGCAGAACUUGGUUUGACCAUGUUGGACCGGGUGUCACAGCUUUAGGAAGGUCAAGUGAUGGUAAGUAACCACGAGGG